GGAACGAGAGCGUGAGCUGUAUGGGCCCAAGAAGAGAGGACCUAAGCCUAAAACUUUUCUCCUGAAGGCUCGGGCCCAAGCGGAGGCCCUCCACAUUGGGGAUGUACACUUUUCUGUCAAGCCUGGUUCUAGCACCUCCUCUCCCAAGCUCCACUCCAGCGCCGCGGUGCACCGGCUCAAGAAAGACAUCCGGCGAUGCCACCGCAUGUCCCGGCGCCCCUUGCCCCGUCCGGACCCCCAGAACGGCGGGAGCGUGGGCAGCGGGGCUGGCAUCCGUCCUCCUGUCUCUCCUUUCUCGGAAACCGUCCGCAUCAUCAACCGUAAGGUGAAACCCCGUGAGCCCAAGCGCAGCCGCAUCAUCCUCAACCUUAAGGUCAUUGACAAAGGUGGGAAGCCGGCCAACGGGGCUGGGGGCCUGGCUCGGCCCAAGAUCCCGUCCCGAAACCGCGUCAUUGGCAAGAGCAAAAAGUUCAGCGAGAGCGUCCUCCGCACCCAGAUCCGCCACAUGAAGUUCGGCGCCUUUUCGCUCUACAAUAAGCCGUCCGCUGCGCCUGCCCCCUCUCUGGAGGGCAAAGGGGAGGCCGAAGGCUCCCAGGCAGCCUCCUGUGGGCUCAUUAUGGGCUCCACCCCUUAUGAUGCCCCCAGCUCCAGCUCCUCUGGCUGCCCAUCACCCGCCCCCCACUCCUCCUCUGACCCAGAUGAUUCCCCUCCGAAGCUGCUCCCCGAGACCCUCAGCCCAGCCAUCCCCGACUGGCGUGAGUCGGAGGUCCUCGACCUCUCGAUCCCACCCGAGUCAGCCGCCACCAGCAAGCGUUCUCCGCCGGGAGGGUGCAGUGGGGGGCAGACACCCUCCUUGUCCCUCUCCUCGUCUGACCCGGAGCAGGAGGCCGGCGACUGGCGUCCCGAGAUGUCCCCUUGCUCUAACGUGGUGGUCACGGAUGUCACCAGCAACCUCCUCACCGUCACCAUCAAGGAGUUCUGCAACGCGGAGGAUUUUGAGAAGGUGGCGGCGGGCGGCGGCGGUGGAGGAGGCAGCAAGUGA